AUGGAGAACAACGAGAAGGAGAAAAUGGGAGUGGAGAACUUACUUCGAGGGUCUCUGUGCUCCUUUAUUAUAGUAGAGGAAUCAAAGUUGUAUACAUCUCGAAGUCGUGAUAGCUUUCCAGAUUUGAACCUCGACGCGAAGACUGGCACGUGCCAUGAAUUAUUCCCCGUGCACCAAGCGCCAAAUCCUCCCCUCGAUCCUAUAUAUAACUCAGCAUUCCAUUCUUAUGCUACGUCCAAAUACACUACGAGGGAGAGGGAUGACCGAGUGAGGAUGGCUUCGAAUCAGGGGAUGAGGGAUGGGUACAGCAGCGAUAUCCGGCGGACGGAGGAGCACGUCGGUGGAGAUACGCGGGCUAUCCAGGAGCAGCACCGCAGCACCACCGGUGCAGGUGGCCACCGGGAGGAGCACCAUUCCAUCACCGGCAUGCUCCAGCGCUCCGGCAGCAGCAGCUCCAGCUCUUCGGAAGAUGAUGGGCAGGGGGGCCGAAGAAAGAAGAAAGGCAUGAUGGACAAGAUCAAGGAGAAGCUGCCCGGUGGACACCACACGGAGGAGCACAGCCAUGCCGGCUCCAAUGUCCACCAUGAGGUGCACCAUGAGGCGCACCCUGAGAUGUAUCAUGACCACGAGAAGAAGGGCAUGAUGGAAAAGAUCAUGGACAAGCUGCCUGGCCACCACUAAGAUCCGCUUAGUUUUGAUGGCCUUUGUUGAUUCAUUCGAGAGUUGGAGAGCUGAGAAAUAAAGAAAACCGUGUUCCAGUCCACGUAACAGGUGUUUUUGUUGUGUUUCUUUUUCGGCCUUCUUUGGGCUAAUAUGAAAGCCUUCUUGUUUUUUUUGCUUUUCAUGCGGAACAAGUACUUUCCCACUUGCAUUGUUGCUUUCUCUUUAUACUAUUGCAAGCAAAACAUUGCUUUAGAUCGUCUCCUGUAAUUUUUCUACAUAUUUUCAGCUCCCACAAAUAAAUUGUUUGCGUGGAUUCAUUUCA